AUGGGGCUAUCCGAGAAACAGAACAACAUUGUUGCAGGAUACAAACCCCUUCGUGCGAGCGAACUUCACUGCUUCCCAGAUGAACGAGUCCUCCGGCGACCCUCCAGCGCCCUCAUCCCAUACCUCGAUGACAUCUUAUAUACCUCAGUGUCCACUGACGUGGUGGCACCCUGGUCGCCUGUCCUCUGCCCCAUGUGGAGCUGCCAGGUCCACGGCGUCCCGGACUCCUCGAGCAACUCGACCUACCGAGUGAACUGCGGGUCACUCUAG